AUGGGUUCCAUGAGCGAAACUCUAGAAUAUGAUGCCGUCCUUAUUGGAGCCGGUUUUGGAGGCUACACCAUGCUUCCCAAACUGCGCAACCUAGGUCUUCGCGCAAAGAUUUUUGAGCGAGGAUCGGGCUCCGGGGGUGUUUGGCAUUGGAACCGAUACCCGGGUGCUCGUGUCGACAGCGACUCGCCAGCUUACCAGUUCUUCGACAAAGAGAUUUGGGAAGACUUUACCUUCUCCGAAAGGUUUCCUGGAUUCCGCGAGCUGCAAAAGUACUUCCAACACGUGGAGCGAAAGUGGGAUCUUCAAAAAGACAUUGAAUAUCAUAAAAACGUGACAUAUGCGCACUGGGAUUCAGACCAUCGACGAUGGAGAGUGGGUUGUUCCGACGGGACAGAAACAAUAUGCAAAUGGUUGUUCGCGAACGUCGGAUUUGCAGCCAAGGAGUAUGUUCCACAUCUCAAAGGCGCUGCCGACUUUCGUGGCGAGAUGUAUCACACAGCACACUGGCCGCACCAUGAUAUCGAUCUGAAUGACAAACGUAUUGCCGUCAUCGGCACGGGGGCAAGUGGUAUUCAGGUGAUUCAAGAGGCUGGAAAGGUCUGCAAGCAUCUCACUGUGUAUCAACGCACGCCUAAUUUCUGCUUACCGAUGCAGCAGCGGAAAUUAGAUCCCGCAGAAGAGCAGAGAAAAAAAGACAGUGGCAUCUACGAGGCAGCUUUCAAAGCUUGUGAGAAGACCGAUUCCGGUGUUCCGUACGGAAACAACGGCCGCAAGACCUUCGACGACACGAGUGAAGAGCGCGAAGCCUUGUGGUCCGGCCUCAUACAAGAUGGCGGCUUUAAAUUCUGGGUGGCUGGUUACAGUGACAUGAUCAUCGAUCAGAAAGCCAACGACGCUGCUUAUGACUUUUGGCGGCGCAUGGUGCUCAAACGCAUCCAAGACCCCAAGAAAGCCAGGCUGUUAGCACCUGAGAUCCCACCGCAUCCCUUCGGGGCAAAGCGCCCGUCUCUUGAACAGACCUAUUUCGAGGUUCUCAGCCAGCAGAACGUAGACAUUAUCGACUUGAAUGAGUUCUCAAUAGAGGAAAUCAACGCCUCGGGCAUCCGCACUGCCGCAGGACAGGUCGACGUGGACUUGAUCGUACUUGCAACGGGCUUCGAUGGCCUGACUGGCGGUUUCAUGGAUAUCGACCUUCGAGGCGUUGAUAAGCGGACUUUGAAACAACAUUGGAGCGACGGAGUCAAGACUUCCAUGGGGGUAGCCGUGCCAGGAUUUCCCAACAUGUUUUUCCUCUUCGGACCGCAAGCACCAUCGACAUUUUCCAAUGGCCCAUCUUGUAUUCAAGUCCAGGGUCAAUGGUUCGAAAAAAUGCUCAAAAAAAUGCUCGCUGAGGGGGUAGAAACCAUGGAGGCCAAAGAAGAAACCGCUGAGGGCUGGUGUGCAAAGAUUCGCGAGAGCUGGGAGGCAACGCUUCUCCCUCAGGGCAAGAUAAGUACACCCCGUCCUAAAGGUGGGUCCUUUGCUCACGGUAUUGCACAGCUGGUGGACUGGUGCCAAUAUUCCGGGCAAGAAAGUACAGCCUCUCAGUUGGGCGGGGGGGCUGCCGUCAUACAUGCGGAUGCUUAA